AUGGUGCCCGCCCGGGGGGGAGGGGAGGCCCGGCAGCAGCGGGGGCUUCGCGGCUCCCCCUCCCCCCCCCGGGGCCCCGCAGGGCCAGCUCCGCGGCCACAGGCUCCGCAACCUCAGCGCUGCCCGCCGGGCUCUGGCACUUGCUGGAGGUGCGCCCGCGGCGCGGCCCCGCCCCCUCCUGGCUCCGCCCUCUCAUCUAGGCUCAGGUGCACCAGCCGGAAGUGCGCUCCCCUCCCAGCGACUGACCGCCGGACCGAGGGUUCGAGCUGGGGACCCGAACAGGGAACCUGUGCGAGAUCAAAGACGCCCGGGCCAGGUGCCCUGUCGCAGGUACCCCCGGCUCGAGAUGCGGUAGGAACGGCGAGCGCCAGAAGCCCCGUCCCUGGCGCCACCAACCUGUCGCCCAGCCCAUGGCGACCCCCAGCCUGGGGCUGCUCUUGGCGCUUGGCCUGCCGCUGCUGCCGGCCCGCUGGGGCCGGGCCUGGGGGCAAAUCUCAGGAGGCCAUUACUGCUAUCAUCGUUGUCUUCUCCAUCCUGGCUGCCUUGCUCUUGGCUGUGGGGCUGGCACUGUUGGUGCGGAAACUUCGGGAGAAGCGGCAGACAGAGGGCACCUACCGGCCCAGCAGCGAGGAGCAGUUCUCCCACGCAGCCGAGGCCCGGGCCCCCCAGGACUCCAAGGAGACGGUGCGGGGCUGCCUGCCCAUCUAGGUCCCCUUCCUUGCAUCCGUCUCCCUUCCUUGAUGUGUGACCUUAGGGGAAGGCAGAGCCCUUUCUGGGCAGUCAGACCCACCCACUGCUUAAGAAUAG